CCCGCCUCCUCUCUUCUUCUUCUCUUCUUCUCUUCUCUUCUUCUUCCCAUUCCACCGCUCCCCCACCAAACGAAGCCUCCUAGCGCACGCCACAAUUUUUCUGAAUCAAAUCGCGCCUCCCCCCUUCCUCCCCGUAGCGAGCUCGAGGCGAGGGAGAUGUCCCCAGCGGCGUCGAAGCGGCAGGCGGACCUGCUGAAGCAGGAGGGCAACGCCUUCUUCCAGAAGGAACGCAUCAGCGCCGCCAUCGACGCCUACACCGGGGCCAUAACUCUCUGCCCCAAUGUUGCAGUAUAUUGGACGAACCGAGCACUUUGCUAUAAGAAGCGGAAUGAGUGGACUAAGGUUGAGGAAGAUUGUAGAACGGCCAUCCAGCUUGAAAAUCACUCUGUUAAGGCACAUUACAUGCUCGGUCUUGCACUUGUCAACAGGCAAAAAUUGUCUGAAGGAAUAAAGGCUCUGGAGAAGUCCUUGGAGCUUGGAAGAGGUGCACAUCCUGCAAGUUACAUGGUUGAGGCAAUCUGGCAACAGCUUUCUAAAGCAAAAUACAUCGAAUGGGAAAGCUUAUCUAGAGAGCGAGCUACUCAGUUGCGUAAGCUGAAGGUAGCAUGUAAAGAAGCUAUUUGUAACUAUAACAGCCUUGGUAAUCCAGCUGCAGAUGCACCUGAAGAACAGCUAAAUGAGCUCGAGGAAGUUUUCAAGAAAGCUGCAAAGACUGAUACUCCAACAGAAGUUCCUGACCAUCUCUGUUGCAAAAUUACACUUGAUAUCUUCAGAGACCCUGUGAUCACCCCAAGUGGAAUUACUUAUGAGAGGGCUGCACUUUUUGGCCAUCUUCAUAUGGUGGGCAAGUUUGACCCCGUGACUCGUGAAGCGCUUGAACCACACCAACUGGUUCCAAACCUUGCCAUCAAGGAAGCUGUAGAUUCAUUUUUGAGUGAACAUGGAUGGGCUUACAAGAUAAGAUGAUCGCUUUACAUAUGGGGUUGGAUGUAAAAUUAGCAAUACAGAUUUUGGUUAGCUGUUGUUCUGGCUUGACAUUGGAAUGGCUGUGUACAGAUCCCCCUUCUCCAGUUAAUCUGUCUGUACAUAUGGGUUGCUUGUUGCUUGUUGCCAUAACAGUUGCCAACAAAACACAAAAGAAGUAAAGUCAAAUGUCUUUAUUUCCAACUGUUGGUUCUUAGUGGAAUUAUCAGAACUCUAGGGAUUUUUAAAAGUCUAGAAUGGCUCGUCCGCUAAGAGUCAUUUGCUAAAGGUACUUCUUGCGAUUUGGGUUCCCAAGCAAUGCCAACUGCAAGCAAAUACAUGUGUUAAUUUUCUUUAUCA